AUGGAGGACUUCAUUCACUUCCUUCUGGAUCAAGGUUGUUCGAUUCAAGACUCGAAUCUUUACAUGAAAGUGAAUACAACUAAGCCUGGCCAAUUACAAACAGAGCUAGUGCUUUUAGAUACAGUGCUCGCUGCCGCUAUUCCCCACACAAGCUACCAGCUGGUAUCACGUCUGAUCACCGAAGGUGCUAAUAUCUAUGCCUGGCUAGCAGGGUAG